AUGAUCACUGCGAUCCUUAUUAUGCUUUUGUGCACAAUGUACAUCCAUUGUCAAAACCUUAAUGGCACCAUCUCAUGUCUGCACUCGGGUUAUGCUCAUUCCUGUGCAUCAGCUUCUUGUCCGGUGGUGGAUGAGGUUUUCCGUAAAUACGUUUAUGUUUCCGAUUGUUAUGUUAUCGGAACACCAACAACUCGUGGGGAACGGACUAGUGCUACAUGGUAUCAUUUUUAUCUAACUAAUGGUAGAGCUGCAUAUGUAAGCGGACUUAUCUGUGCAGGAGCGGUAGAACGUUGUCCACGAUCACACACGCCUAGGCCUAUGCCAUAA